AUGGAGAAACUCCAGACGCAAUUCGUGCAGUAUGAAACAGCAAAAGAACUACAAGCAAUCUCAGCUUCUAAUGAUGACCCCAACAAGCUUGUUGUGGCAGGUAAAAACUUCCUCCAAGUAUUGCGCAUAGAAGAUAACGCCAUCGAUGGUUCAAGAAGAGUGGUUCCCUCAGUUGAUUUGCUCAGUGGUACCAAUUUGGCCAACGAUGUCAAGAAUUUAGGGUCGAUCACCGACAUCAGAUUCGGAUUCAGAGAACUCUCGAAUGUUGUCGCAUCGGUAUCAACAUCGGGAAAAAUUUACUUAUUUGACAUCAAUAAAAAAUCACCACAUUCACACCCAAUGAAAAUUUCAGCCCAUAAGCGAGCAGUGAAUUCUAUUGCGUUCGCCCCUCAUGGUGGAAAUAUUCUAUUGUCAGGAUCACAGGAUGGGGUAAUUAAAGUAUGGGAUUUACGAUCCAAAAACUCCAACUUAACGUUUGGUAAUGAACGGAAGCCAUUGGGUGAGUUUGUCAAGACAUUUGAUGGGAUUCGUUGCAACGAGUUUUCUCCCCACGACUCCAAAGUCUUUUGUUCUGCUUCUGACUGCGGUGAUGUCACUAAAUGGGACUUGAGAGUACCGCAUAAAUGGGUCAAUAAUAUCAAAAAUGCCCACAUUAAUGGGGCUUUGUCUUUAGAAUGGAACUUGAAAUUCAACUAUAUUGUCACGGGGGGUAAAGACAAUAAGAUCCAAGUUUGGGAUAUGUCAAAGGAUAAUACUAAAAAGCCUGAUUAUAUAAUAUCCAUGAAUGACACAGUGACAAAAGUCGCCUGGUCUCCUUCCAAUAAUAAUGCUAACAACAUACAAGAUUGUCAAAUUUCUUCCUGUUAUUUAACAAAUAAUGCUUCAGUUGAUGUAUGGGACUUGAAUAGAAGUCAUAUUCCUGCAUAUUCACUAAUGCAUCAUUCGAAGGCGGUCACUGGUUUACAUUGGCAUACAAAUAAUACACUAUGGACCGUAUCUAAAGAUAAGUCUUUCAUUGAACAUAAUCUCGAUAACGAAAUUCCAUUCGCAAACUUAUUAAGAAAAUCAGUGGUAAAGUUCAAUCCAUCUCGGUAUUCCGAAUUCGUGACCGUAUUUCAAGAUGAAGAUUCGUAUGUUAAGACUUCGAAUUUGACUGGAAGCCUUCACCAUGAAAAGAGAUCAUCCUAUUCUUUCGAAAACAAUCAGAAUCUAGGAAGAUCUGCGACACUUGAGGAUGUUGGAGAAGGAACCAAAAAUGACGACUAUUUCUCCAACACAUUAGCCCCAGCAAAGACUGAUAAAGUUCUGUCAAAACCUAUAAAUAUUUCAUCUUCAGAAAGCAAUAGUUCAAUGAUUGAAAAUUCAAGGCUUUCACCAACCAUUUACAAUAAUGUGAGUGUCGAAAGUAAUAAUAAUAAUAAUACGAGACCAAGAAUAGGAUAUGUUAAAAAUAUGUCUUAUUCUCCGAAUAAUCAUGCCAGUGGCUCAAAAGCGAUUCCUGUACCGAUUAAGGAGUCGGAAACUAGAGAGGCUAUUGCGUCUUCUUCGAUUGAAAAAAUGUCACCAACUUUCUUUGCCAAUACCCUUAAUGUUAAGACGUCACCAUCCAAAUCCACCAGCCAGGAUUCGGGGUUUCCUAAACAGCCCAAUCAAAGUGAAGUUUUCAAACGAAGUAAUUCCAAUGGGGCUGAUGAUACUAUUGAUGUAUCCGAUUCCAAGCCAAAACUUUUAAGAUCACGUACCACUGCUUCGAUGGCCAAAAAUUUACACCGCCAUAAUAGUUCUGACAAUCCAUUGGUUUCGAGCAUGAUUCAGCGCUCAGGUACGGAAUUUUUUAAUCAUGAUGUUAAUAAUAGAUCGCCAAUAUUUAAUGGUAAAGCAUCAUCGGGAAUAAACUUAACUAUGACACCAAUCAAUAGAGCUAUAUCAAAUCAAUCUUUAAAUUUUUAUAUUGGUGGAAACAAUUCGCCGAGUUUGUCGAACAGAAAAAAUUCUUCUAGUUAUACUGGAAAUAAUAGCAUAUUCCAUCAAGUUCAAUCUUAUUCCACGUUAGCCAGUAAUCAAAGGCUUUUACUGGUAGCAAGUACUCCUAACAAUGGCAUUAAUAACAAUAGCAGUAAUAACGUCACGAAUUUAAGAUCAAAUGAACCGAUUGAUUACAAUGAGAAACAAGUCCCAUUGAUAUACAUGUCAAGUUUGGGAACUGUAUUCGACAAAGAGUAUAGUGAGGAUGGUGCACUUUCUACUGAAUUGUACAAAUUAUACGUGAUGCAAUUCUAUGAAUUUUUGAGCAAGUUUCAUGCAAGAGAUGUUGAUUACAAUGACUUGCUUUUCCAAGAUUACCAACCAACCUAUCCAUCUUCUAAUCCUAGAAAAAGAGCCUCAAAAAAUAGAUAUUCGACAAGCAAUCGAAAUCCUCGGACAAAUUUGAAUAAUGAUGGUGUGAGGACGGCUAACAGCAAAGUACAUGGACAUGAUAAAUCUGCUAAAGCAAACAAAUCAUCAGAUAGUCAUAGUCGUGAAUCUUCAAAAAAUGAACUUAUUGCCAAUUUGAAAUCGAUUUCCAAAGAAUAUUAUUCCAAGAUGAAUCUAGGGACUUUUUUCUCAUUUAUUACUGAGUCAGUGAAAGUUGCCCUCGAGAAAGGCAACACUACUGAUCUUCUACGGAUCAUUGUGGUGGUUUUUAGGGGCAAGAAGCCCGGAUUUGAUAUUGUUGAUUUGAUUGUUCAAUUGAAAUUUGCUGUAUCAUUAUCUGCUACAUUUAAGGUCAUAAAUUAUUAUAAAAUCUUUAAGAUUCUUCUACAUGGUUUGAUCAUUGAUAUAGAAGGAUUCCUUGCUGAUAUUGAUUACUACGCCUACUUGUUUGCCAUUUCCAAAAAAAGCACAUACAAGAUAAAUAAGUUGACUCUCCAACAUUACAGUUUUAACAUGCCAAAUAUUGGAAGUGCGGGCAAAAAGGGGCCAUAUCGUAUUCAAAAUUCUGGGAUCAACACUACUGGUAUAAGUAGAAGAAAUUCUUCAUCACUUGGUGUCAUUGGUAAACCCGUUUUUGCAGUUGAUAAAAAUAGCCGAAAGAAAAAUCAAAAUGAGUUUAAGCUGCUGAGCGUUUCUGAGACUUGGGACUCAUAUGAUUAUAGAGGUAGGAGUGCUAAUAGCAGAGAUUCUUUCGAGUUUCAAUAUCGAAAAGAUAUAGACGAUGAUCCGGGAUAUGAAGAGAAGGAAGAUGAUGACGAUGACGACGACGACGAUGACGACGAUGACGAUGACGACGAUGAUGAUGAUGAUGAUGAUGAUGAUGAUGAUGAUGAUGAUUAUGAAGCAGAAUAUGAGAAUCGAAACCGAGGAUUUGAAAUAAAUGAUGACUGGUUUGAAGAUUUGGAUAAUCUCAACUUGACUGAAGAUGAAUAUUUUUUGGGGCACGACAGCUCGUAUGGAGGCUCAUCCUCAGCAUUAUCUAUGAGCUCUGCUAAUAAUUCUUCUACUAAUGUCAACGAAAGUGUCAGAAGUUCACGCCACAGUAGUUCUGAUUUGUACAGUGGUGAUGAGGGACUGAAAGAUACUUACAACGAUAGGUCUAACAGUGGAAUUUAUAAUGAGAAUGCUAUUACUAGUGAUGAUACUGAUAUUGAUGAUACACGUGAAGAGCCAGAACUGUUGCACAGUGUACUGACCUCUGGCGGAGACAUUACCAAAGCAGUGAGCAAGCUUCAAAAAAAGUCAUUGAAUAUGAAGUCGAAAAUCUUGGAGAAUAAAGAUUUCGGGUAUUAUCGAGAUGAUGUUUCAGACGAUGGGUUUGUUGAUAGCGAUGAUGAAUUGAAGAAAUUAAAGGAUGAAGAAAAGUCCACAAUGCUAACUACUGGGGCAGAUGAUGAUGAGAGAAAUAUAAAUGAUUCGGAGGACAGUGUUGAUGAAUCAGACAUGAAUCAACUACCGCGCAAGACUAGACUUUCAACUACCGAGUCUGAUGAACCGGUUAAGAAAGCAAAUAGGAAUUCUAAGUCAGGUGAAAGGUUAUCUGUGUCUAAACCAUCCAGUAAAAUUCUGAAAAUUGAUGAAGGUGUCACAGCGGCAAGUAUUAAGCCUUCAUCUCCCGAUGGAGCUUCCCAAUUGCCAUUAUACAUUGGUCAGCCAACCUUCAAAAGUGCUGGCUACCGAGGUAAUUCUUUUUCGGACCGUCGUGGAAGUAUGAAGGAACAAGCGCAAAUGACGAAAUCUUUUUCAUUCACUUCGGGUCCUAUUUCAAGAGACUUUGGAACCGCAUUUAGCAAUGCUAGAUUCCCCCGCCAAAGCAACGACAUGUUGCCAGUGUUAGGAAAAGAUUUUGACGCUACAAAACAGAUUCCCGGGGCACCAUUGAGUAAUUUAACCAGACAACUCACUUCAAAGAAUGGUAGUUCUAGUAAUAUUGCUAAUGUUAAUAGAAGGCUGAUUGAAUCUGAAGUUCCUAUCGGUAUCGGGAAUGAAAUCGUGACUGGGUUGAUCAUCAAACUCGAAGCCAAGCCCUGGAAACUAGAAUUCUUGAUCCGCAAGGCAUGCAAAUCUUCCCAAGAAGAAGGGGAUGUGUUUAUGUUGUCGAUGUUGACUAGCUUAUUUUACGAGUUUUGCCAAAAGAGAAUGAAACAUAGAAACAUCAGCUAUGAUUUCCAGGAUUGUGUUAUACAAGCACCCCAGGCCAAACAGUGGAUGUCUCUAUUCCUUGACCACUUGGUGGCCAGAGACUUAUAUGUUGUGUCGGCGCUAGUUAUCAAGUAUUGCCGUAUUCCCGAGAUAAAAGAAAUGGGACUUGUGAAUACGGAAAUCAAACGGUUUUGUCCACAUUGCAAAAAACUCAUCGUUCAUGAUGCGGAAUCGAAUCCAAACGGUGACCACAAGUAUGCAAACUGGUAUUGUGCAAAUUCGAAGUGCAAUCUUCCUACCGGUAAAUGUUGUUAUUGUGACACCGUGAUUCGAGGUAUGGGGGUUACAUUGCUACAUUGUGGACAUGAGGGGCACCCACAUUGUAUGAAGGAAUGGUUUAUUGAAGGGGGAGAAACCGAGUGUCCUGGGUGUGGGGAAGUUCCAACUGAAUUAGAGAGUAUGUUUAGUCAAUUAGAAACUUCAGUAUGUUAA